AUGCUUUGCGCCCUAUCCGGAGAGGUUCCCGAGGAGCCUGUUGUCUCGAGAAAGACCGGCGCCGUCUUCGAGAAGCGAUUGAUCGAAAAGUACAUCCAAGAGAACCACAAAGAACCCGGCACCGAUGAAGAGCUAGACGUCGAAGACCUCCUCCCCGUCAAGACAAAUCGGAUCGUCCGCCCCCGCCCCCCGCAAUUCACAUCCCUCCCAUCCAUGCUCAAGGCCUUCCAAGACGAGUGGGACGCCCUGGUACUAGAGUCAUACAACACGAGGCAACAACUGGCGAGGACAAGGGAGGAAUUGGCCACGGCGCUCUACCAGAACGAUGCCGCCGUUCGCGUGAUUGCUCGCUUGACCAAGGAGCGCGAUGAGGCCCGCGAGGCCCUUUCCAGACUUACAGUUACGGCUUCUGCUGGCGGUGCCGCGACUGGUGAUGCUAUGGCGGUGGACAGCGAGGGUCUGCCCGAGGCGUUGGCUGCACAUGUUGAUGAUGUUCAGGCCGAAAAGCAAAAGGGCCGCAAGAAGCGACCAGUCCCCGAAGGCUGGGCCACCACAGAAGACAUUUCGGCUCUGCAACAAACCGCCUACACAGAUCUCCCCGUCACACAAGCAACCUCGCUUGCCCUCAACGGUGGUUAUGCGGCAGUCGGUGGAUUGGACGGCAAGGUGGAUCUCUACUCGGUCGAGGCCAAGGCACACGAACGCUCUUUGGAGGUUGGCGAGCCAGUGACCGCCACGGUAUGGAUCGGCAACAAGGUCGUCUCGGCCACUUCGAAGGGCAGUGUCAAGGCUGUUGAGGGCGGUGUCGAGACUGGUUCUGUUACGGAACACGCUGGUGCCGUGACGGGUCUGGCGGUGCACCCUGGCGAGCAGAUUCUUGCUUCGGUGGGCGUGGACAAGGGCAUCAUCUUUUACGAUUUGCAGUCGUUGCAGCGUGUGGCGCGUGUUUAUACUGAUGCUGAACUCACAUCCUGCGCCUUCCACCCCGACGGCCACCUCUUCGCCGCCGGCACGCAAUCCGGCCAGAUCGAGAUCUUUGACACCAAGACCCUCCAGCGCAUGGCCAACUUCACCCUUGGCGCCCCCGUCAAGACCCUUGUCUUUUCCGAAAAUGGCUUCUGGUUCGCCGCCACGGGCGUCGGCCAGUCGUCCGUCACCAUCUUCGAUCUGCGAAAGGAAGGCGACGCCGCGCGGGCCAAGGAGCUCCAGACUGGCGACGUGUCCGGCCUAGCCUGGGAUUACACGGGCCAGUACCUCGCCACUGCCGGAUCGCAGGGCGUUACGGUGCAGCAGUAUGUCAAGGCUAGCAAGUCGUGGACGGAGCCGUUGAGGACAAGCACGCCGGCUGUGGCGGUGCAGUGGGGAGACAAGGCGAGGCAGUUGGUGGCCGUCAGCAAAGAGGGCGUAGUUUCUGUGUUGGAGCCGAAGAGCGAGUAGGACCGCAUUGGAAAACACGAAACGUCGGACUCGGAAACGCCCUAGGUGGGGUCGGCUUUGGAGGACCCAAGAAGAUUAAAGUGAUGGGCUGGAGGAGGAGCGAAAGAGGAGAUAGGGGUUGAUUGGUUGACGUCAACUCAUGAUGAGAGAGGGCUCAAUGCCAGUCUGCCCAGUAUGACGCAAAACAUAAACAGCUUGUAAAGUAAUUCAUUGGUUUAUCUGGACUCGAGCGUGAAAAAGAUAUUUGAUGAAUAGGCCUAGUUUAGAACUGUGCGACGGAAGCAAGUUGUUUCAAGAG